UGUUUAUAUCUCUAGAUGCAGACCUGUGCCAGGUUGCUGUAGGGGAAGCACUCAAACACACUUGUGCCCACAUGCCUUUUCACACUCACACAGCUCUUUACUUACAGUGCACAUAGACAGACAACCAAGACAGAUGUCUUCAGAUAUGGACCGGACCAUGCUCCUGGGCGUGGAAGGCAUAAAGAAGACCAUCCUCCAUGGAGGGAUCGGUGAGUUGCCCCGGAUCAUCACUGGAACCAAGGUGACCUUCCACUUCCGUACCCAGCUGUGCGACACUGAGCGUACAGUGGUGGAUGACAGUAAAGUGGUGGGCAUGCCCAUGGAGGUGGUGAUUGGGAACAUGUUCAAGCUGGAGAUCUGGGAGACGCUUCUAAGCUCCAUGAGAAUCGGAGAGGUGGCCGAGUUCUGGUGCGAUGUCACUCACACCGGCCUGUACCCCCUGGUGGCCAAGAGCCUGCGCCGCAUUGCGGAGGGCAAGGACCCUGUGGACUGGCACAUCCAUACAUGUGGCAUGGCCAACAUGUUUGCCUAUCACACCCUAGGCUAUGAUGACCUGGACCAGCUACAGAAGGAACCUCAGCCUCUCUACUUUGUCCUUGAACUGGUCCAGGUGCAGCAGCCCAGCGAGUACGACAGAGAGACGUGGGCUUUGAAUGAUGAGGAGAGGCUGAAGGCUGUGCCCGUGCUCCAUGGUCAGGGAAAUAAGCUCUACAAACUGGGAGGCUACCAGGAAGCUGCCAGCAAAUACAAAGAGGCCAUCGUCUGCAUCAAGAACAUCCAGCACAAGGAGAAAGCAUGGGAAGCCCCCUGGCUGAAGCUAGAGAAGAUGGGGAACAUGCUGACUCUGAACUACUGCCAAUGUCUCCUCCGCCUGGAGGAGUAUUACGAGGUCAUCGAACACACCAGUGACAUCAUCAAUCAGCACCCGGGUGAAAUGAAGGCAUUUUACCUGCGAGGGAAGGCUAACAUGGAGGUAUGGAAUGAGACUGAAGCACGGGCUGAUUUUGAGAGAGUUCUAGACCUGGAUCCUGGCAUGAAAAAGGCCGUUAAGAAGGAACUGGCGGUACUCAACAUGAGGAUGGAGGAAAAGAACAUGGAGGAUAAACUGAAGUACAAGGGCAUGUUCUGACAUGGCCCAUGAGAUGUAUAAAUAUGGAGGGAAAGGGUCAAUAUUAAACUGAAUGUUAAAGGGGAAAGGGAAGAUAUAGGGAAAUAAGUGAACGACAGACAGUACAAAUAUUCAUGUUAUAAAUUAUCAUAUGUGAUUGUUACUGACAUUAUUUGUAAAUGUUUUUCUGUAAAA